UCAACCAAUGACUGACGUCCAUUCAGCCGAAUACAGUAAGUGCUGACUAUGUAAACAAACGAUUCUCAAACGGUUCUGGCGGUGAUAAAAUUAUUAUUUCCUUGUCAAAAAAUGGCUGAAGCAUAUUGGCAGUAGCUAAUAAACCUUUCUAUUAUAGGCACAAGGACUGGUUUUUGAGGCAAGGGUUAGGGCAAAUGUUGUACACAUACAGUUCAGGCAGAUGUUAACGAAAUUAUAUUAAAAAUAAAACGAAGGAAAACGAACACACGUGUGUUGCCUCUCUGCAAAAUGUCAGAAGUAAUGGAGAUUAAAUACGCUUUACACCGCUUAAACCGCCAAAGGAGAAUACACUUAGAGAAGAAUAUUUCUUAAUCCAGUUGGAUUUUGUUAAGCAAACAAACUGCAAUUCCAAUUAAGCCAAAAGCGAAAACGAUUUUGAUUUUUUUAAAUAUGGAACUAAGCAAAUUCAAACCAAGGACGUAUUCAUACAGCUCCUUAACUUCCUUGAAACCAAACACAAUGGUUAAUAUCUAUGGCAUUGUGAAAUUUUUUAAGUUGCCCUUUAAAACGAAGGGAACUGACUUUAUGAUGAUCGUGACAAUAGUGGAUGAGUCCAUAAUUCAUACUGAUCAAAAGUUAAAAUGCUUACUAUUUUCAUACGAGGAAAGGUGUUUACCAGAAAUGAAAAUUGGUAGCAUUAUUAGAUUCCAUAGAUUACGAAUUAAUCUCUAUAAUGGGGAAUUGCAAGGAAAGAGUGGAAAAGGCUUCUCGUGGCUGGUUAUUGAUAAUCAAGGUGAUGGUUCCAUGAUAACUAAAGCUUCCAGGGUAAAUUAUACAUUCUCAGAUGCUGACAGGAGGAAGGUCGCAAGAUUGUUUCAUAUUAAACAGCAAAAGCAAGAACUUAGGUGCCAAAAUUUGGUAAAACUUGAACAGCUCCAAGAAGGAAUAUAUUUCGAUUUCCUCUGCCAAGUUGUGGCUGUCUCUGUUGUAGAACUCAAUGUUUGCUAUUUACUUCAAGUCUGGGAUGGCACCCAUUCUUCAUGCCCACUCUUCACUGUUGAACCAGAAGAGAGGAAUCUGACUGUGAAAACUGAUAUGGAACUGAAGAAAAUUGCCAAAGAUCGGCUAGUUGAUGUCUGUGUCUAUGAUGACCAUUUUGAAAAAGCCGCAACCAUAAAGCCAGGAAUGUUUAUAAAGUUUUUUAAUUUACAUUGCUCAAAGCGUAAAGCUCCAGAGUUUGUUAAUGCGUCAACUUAUGAAAAACUGGAGCUUGUUCUCCAUCAAGGAACAUCUUAUGGUCGAGGUAUAAAAAUACUUUCUGAAACAGAUCCAGAAAUAGAUGAUCUCAAAAAGAAAUUAGAGGAAUUAACAAAGAAUGUGGAAAGAACUGGCACAAGUGUUAAACGAGGUCCUAAGGGUUCCCAUUCAAAGGGUGUUAAAAAGAAAAAAGUUGAAACAGUCAGUCAGAAUACGUUGGAGCUGACGCACUUUGGCCCUUCCUGUAGCCAACCCUCACGUGAUGCUAAGCAAGGUGAAAUUCUUCAAUAACAUAACCGCAUUGGAAUUUACAUCAGAUGCAAAUGUUGUGAAUAAAGUUAGCAGCUACUUGGAGAGAAUUCAUUCAGGUGUGGGAAACAGUGAGAAAUUGUCACUGGUUGAAUGCUGCAUCAAAUCCUUUAAUGGACGUAAUUCCGUCUGUUUCGGAAUGUUUGAUACUGUUAUUGCUGCUUGAUAGGAAGCAGUGGUUGUUCCAUUGUGCCAUUAAUUAAUGAGGAUCACCUGAACCCAGAAGAGAACAUUUCUAGCUAAAAGAACAGUCAGCUUGCUUUGCAACCAUGUGGUUUUUGUUUCAGUCUGAAUGCACAGCGCCUUAGGCAAAUGUCUUCUUCUAUAUUCCCAGCCUGAUCAAUGUCAAUAAACGAUUCGUUCCCUCUUUCAUUUUCCUCAUUAUAAACACCGACAAUUCCUUUAUAUGACAAUGUUCUUCACUUCAUUUUUGAAUUCUUGGGAGAUAUUUUGAUUGUAGUUGAACAAAAUCUCUCUUCAGAAACUGUUUUUUAAA